CGUGCACGUUGAUCAUCGAUGCGAUCAACAAUCCGAUUUGGAACUAUUGAUUUUCGUUAAAGUUAACAAAUGACAAAGUUAAAAAUUAUUUCAUUAGGUCAUCAUAAUUGAUUCGAAAUGUCAAAAUCUCUAGUUAGGAAAAGUCUCGAGUUACUUGAUUCUGAAACAGAUUCGAGUAAAGAUAAAAAGAGAAAGAGAAAUAAGUCGUCUGGAGCUCUCGAUUUGAUUCCUGUAAAUCAGAGGAUUCUUGCUAAAACUAAAAAACGAGGUUGCCAUAGUGUCUUAAAACGAACAAGUAAGUUAACUGUUGAUGAAGUAAAGAAGCAAUUGGCAUUGAAGGCUGAUCCUACGGAUGAAAAUGUACAAAGGCUUUUGUCUUUAAGUAAACAUGCACUAGAUUCGGAAACUACAGAAAAGAUUUUAAUGCGAGCUGUUGAAAAGCAUUACGUAAUCAAAAAAGAGAAGCCAGUUGAAGAAGAGAAGACAGUGUUUAACGAAGAAGACUUCCAGAAGUUUGAAGCUGAAUACACUGGUUAAAUAAUAUUGUUAUUAUUUGAUGGAAAAGAAAAGAUGUUAAGCAGUGAUCGUGAAAGAGGACAAGUAUUAUUGAUAACAGCAACUGUUAUUUUCUUGUAUUAUUCAUUGUGGGUAAUUGGGUCACCUUUUAUUGACGAUGAAAGA